UUCUCAAUCUCAACAGUGUAUUGUUUGUGUGCGCUCUCGUCGCUUAAAGUGGGGCAUCCUACCCGUGCGGAGAGCAAACCUGUGUUGUAGGUUUCUUUUUUUUUCACCCCCUCAUCACGAUUCAAUCAAACAACGGACAGGUUCUCUUUGUGUGUUUUUGGGGCUAAAAAUAUAGCGCACUUUCGGUGAAAAUUGUCGUGUGCUGUUUUGCUUCGCAAUUGAACGGAACCGGCUGCACCGAAAACAACCCGGAAGAAACACCCGGAAGGUAGCAGCAGCACUUCGGAACCAGCUGGCCUCGACAAGAACGAGCAAGACGGCGCAGGUUCACGCGUAAAUCGCGUUACGCAACUGAUAGAGCGCUGAGAGCAAAGCUCCUCGUACCUGUCAGUGCCUAAAGGAAGCCGAAGGAACGCUGGUUGGCUUUGCCAUUUAACCGCCAUACUUCAAGGCUACUCAUGCAAAGGUCGGACCCCUUUUGCAUGUGUUGCAUCUGUGUAACACAUACAUCGGAUAAAGCGGGCUCCAAACCGAGUUAGAACGCAGAACGAUCGCAUUUCGUAGAGUCCAACCUUCGCGGGUGGUAAAGUUGAUCAAACACACAUAUACAGACGUACACCAUCGCUACUAGAAAGGUCGAACUGACUGAUGCAUUGUGGCUGCAUUUGUGCAUUAUCCUUGAACUGAUCGGACAUCAUUAGAGCGUAGUUGAAGUGUUGGUCUACUGCUAUUUUUAAUGACACACCAAAAGUGAAAAGUGAGAAUUCAAGCUGCCUUGUUAGCGCAUCGGUAAUCUUCAAGCAACGAUUUUAUGUGCUGGUGGCCCUAAAAAGAUGUAUAGUUUUAUGAGGUGAAACAGAAAAAUGCAAUAUAGUUUGUUGUUUCAUUGAAAACCUCUUACAAAGGUGCUGAAUCGAAAGGGCACUACAGUGAAAUCCUAAGUUAUCAGGUGUAUUGUGCGACUAAAGGAGGAUCGUGUUCACACAAAGUGCCGUAGUGUUUGCGUCGGGAAACGUGAUACACUUAUGAAAAAAUUGCUCAUUAGGUUGUGCGUGUGAUAAAUAUUGCAAAUAGUAAGGAUGAUGUCAGCGUUAAGUCAUCAGGUGAAUAUGAACAAUUUUUUGUCGCUGCUUGUGGGCGCCUCGCUGGUUGCGGCUAAUUCAUCUCCGAGCCACGAUAUAGCAUCGCUAUCACAGCCGACAGAGUUCAGCAAUGGAGUGUCAUCGUUUGCUUUGCCGGCAGAGGAGCGUAUGGCUAUCGAGAGCUUCGUAAUGGCCUAUCUGAACUACAGCUACACCGGCUCCGAUGGGCAUUUGGUGGAGCUUGGUGGUAACGAGAGUGCCAAAUAUGGCGAAGGGCGGGUUCUGAAUCGUAGUGGAAUUUUGGUCCACAUCAGCAACAGUGUGAAUCGGUCAGACCACACCGGUUGUUACAAACAUUGGAGCGGUACACUCGGAGAAUCUAUCCCGGAUCGUAGCACGCCCUGGAUUGCACUUGUACGACGUGGUGGUUGUAAUUUUGAAGACAAAGUCAAACAUGCAUACGAGCACGGUGCUGCAGGUGUCAUUAUCUACAACGACAAAGGCGAUUCUAAGCUGGAUAAGAUGAAGAUCAACGAUAAAGAGCGAAACAUUACUGCGGUCUUUACCUCAAAAGCAAUGGGACUUGAGUUGAUCGAAAUUUUAGAAGUACAUAAAUACGAUGUGCAUAUGCGGAUAAUUGAAGGAUCUCAUCAAUUUCAUCCCUUAGGAAACAUAAAUCGAACGUCGGUCCUGUUCGUGUCAAUUUCGUUUAUUGUGCUGAUGAUAAUUUCUCUGGUUUGGUUGGUAUUUUACUACGUUCAACGAUUCCGAUAUCUGCAAACCAAAGACAAACAAUCAAAACGACUCUGCAGCGUUGCGAAACGCAUCAUCGCCAAAAUUCCAACAAAAAGUAUUAAAUCAGAUGACAAGGAAAUCGAUAAUGAUUGCUGUGCCAUCUGUAUUGAACCGUAUAAAGUGACUGAUGUUAUACGUGUUCUACCGUGCAAGCACGAGUUCCAUAAGGUCUGCAUAGAUCCAUGGCUACUUGAGCAUCGUACCUGCCCAAUGUGCAAAAUGGAUAUUCUGAAACAUUAUGGCUUUGUGUUUACGGGUAGUCAAGAAAGUAUUCUUCAAUUAGACAUGGACAUGGAAGAAGGAGAUCUUAUUGACGAUAGAAGCAGCACCGAUGGAGGGUAUCAAAGACGUAACAGCGUCAGCCCUUUGCCUCAGAUAAGAGCAUCAAAUGAAAAUCAGAUGUCACGCAGUUCCUCCGAUUCGGAUUCUGAACAGGACCACGAAGAUUGUGUCACUCCGCAAUCAUCAGGAAGGCGUUCGUCACAAGGCCGAAAUAAGCGUGACAGUCAACGGCAGCAUGAAAAAUCACAGCAGGACGGUGACAUUUGUGUGGGAUGUCUCGCUGCAGCCUUGAAUAAGAAACAGAAAAACAACGAUAAUGCUCAAGAGGAUGGGGAGAGUGACUCAUACGCCACGGAAGAAAACGGAUCGAAAAGCCUUCCAGCAACGUUGAAGAAAUAUAAGGGAAACCAUUCGACUGGAUCGUGCCGUGGAAUGAAUCCUCCAGAUCACUAUCAUCCGUAUCCUUACAACGACAAGCACGGCAGUAGAGUUUAUCAAAACCAACAACCACAAAAUUCUGCUCCCGAAGAGCAUAGUUCGCAGCAGUCUUCAAAUCUUCCAUUUAAGUUUUACAAAACUGAAUCCGGGCAACCACGCAAAGUACGGACGCCGCUUCGCAAUUUAAUUCCUCAAUCGAUUUCAGCACCCUGUGAUACUGACAGCUCAUUGCGUGUGUGCAUUCACGGUGGGAUUGAGCAGCAUUUUUCGGAAGCUACAACUUCCAAGACGGGUACUCUUCACGCAAAUGCGGAAUCUGAGGAACUACCUGCAGUUCAUAUUAGUCAGCGUCCGAUCGAUGCUAAGCGACGCUGCUCGCUGUCGCGUAACUCAUCAUGCUCCUCGGCUGAUCGCAAGGAUGUGGUAACAUGCGAAGAUCUGAAAAUUGCCAUUGAUUACUCCAACGAAGAGGACGUUUCAGACGAAACGGAACCAAAUAGUGAUAACGAUCUGAUCAUCAGACGAUCGGAGCGGGGCGACGAAAAAGAAACACGGAAAAAGUGAUUAAAUCGAUGGUACCGUUUUAGACCAUCAGGUAAUUCAUGGCACGAUGAUAGAUAAUGAUCGCUUUCCUACUUCCACCCAGGUAACAUGGUUGAUGACGAAUCGAAAUACGUUAUGUGAUAGAGUGAGACUGUACAGACGUAGACAUAUGUGAGUCAGUUUCUGUAAGCAGAUAACACGUGUUUGUGAGGACUUUUCCUGCAAGGGAAUGGUUUCUGCAUUUGAAGUAGGUGGACUUAAAGAGAUAAAUGAUCCCUCCUAUGGAAUCCUCCUACGGAACGAGCAGAGCUUUCAGCAUAGAGAAUAGUUCAUGGCACUCUAAACAAUAGCAACAACAGCAAACGGGCAUCCUAACAAAACAUUUGUACGGCACCUAAUGUUUUAACCUCGUUCUUCGAUAGCAUACCAGCAGACAACUGCAAGAGUGUUUCACGUUGUCCUGGCAAUGAUAUCGGCAGUAGUGACGAAAUUUAAAUAUUGUAGACAACUAUAGCAAAAAGGGUUCUAGUAAUAUCUCACUCACUGAAGAUCGGUUAACCACCGCAGUGCAAUAUAUUGGAAACUAUUCCGAAUUAAAUACUUUUUCCACAUCAAAUUCCAACGCAAAUUGAAUGAUAGACAUUUUUUUCUUAGAUAGGAGGAAUACAGCAGUUAGACAUUUACAGAAUUGGACUCCUAGUGUUAAAGUAAUGAACAUUAAUAGAAGGCACGAAAAGACUUAAUCGGUUGUCGGUAUAUGAUUGGUUUAUGGAAUGUGUAUAAAUCCAACGCUUGGAUGUACUAUUGUUUUCGGUUUUGGUAGCAUUAAAAAAAGCUACUUUGGUCAUUUUAUUUAUGAAUUGCAUUACUACUAGGCUGGAUGAAAGCUGCAGGAUAUGAAAAGGCUUAAACAUAUUUUGUCAAUUUAAUCGACUAAGGGAAACAUAGCCAAUAGCCGUUACUAGAAACUUGGCUUUAAAAUUGGGCUACAGAUAGUGUGCUGAUAGGAUAAUGGAAUGGAAAUAAAAUAACUUACGAAGCGUCCAACAUAACGCUGUUAGUUGCA